AUGAUAUUUUAGCUUUCACUCUAGAUAAAAUGUGCAGAUUUGAAGAAGCUUUGGAAAAUUAUGAUUUAGCAAUAUAAAGAAAUCCAGAGGAUUCAAAAUUGUUUUAUUCUAAAGCUAAGACUUUAGUUAAGAUUUACAGAUUCGAAGAAGCUUUAGAAAUUGUAUUCAGCAAUCCAUAACUAACAAGAAGUUUCUUACAAUCUUUAUGACAAAGGCGCUAAAGCUCAUCUAUCAUUUUUAUGA